UUUCUGGGGGCGUGUUUUUAUAAAAACCGGUCUGUCAACUCGUCGUCAACUCGCUUGUUUUGAAGAUCAUGAUGGAGCAGGCAGUCUUCAACCUCAUCGAUCGAAAUCAGAAUUUCGAAGAACUUUUGAGAGAGGCCACUGAAGGAGUUGAUUUUGAUAAUGGCAGCAUCGCAGACAACCAACUCAUACCGCACUCAACGCAUCAUUCAGCUCCAGUGACAACCCAGACAAGUUUGCAGCAUUUAUCAAUUGAAGCUUGCCUAUCAUGUAUCCAAGCCCAGUCCCACAUCACUGGAUUGCCGAUAUCAACAGUUGCUGCAAAUGAGUGUGUGAAAGAGUUGAGCCAUUUAUUACAAGAUCACCAAAGAAAUGACAAUGAGCAACAGAAGAGGUUUGCGUUCCUGGUCCUGCUCUUAAACAAGUUGGUCUCAGAGCAGACUCUCAGUAGGACGUACUUCAUAGAACAACUCAGCUCUAAGGUGCAAGAUUUACCAUUGGAGUUGCUAUGGCAACUGCACGCCUGUUCUGCAAUCCGAUUGGAUCAGUACAUUGAAUGCAUCGUGGAUCGUCCGAUGGUGUUGAAGAAGUUCGCCAAGAACUUUUCAGAAAUCUGUUCAAGACCAGAUGAAGGACACAACGAAAGAAAAACGAUUAAAAGGGAUGUCCUUGAAGUCUUGGUGAGGUGUGGAUAUUCCAGACCUGUCAACACACUGGAACUGAAUCAGCGACUGGCCGAGCGAUCACAGAUGAUUCUAGACGACACAGUGUUAGAUUUGUUGAAGUUGCAAGAGCAGUGCAUGACCAAGAGAGAUGAUGAACAAUCGCCCGUCGCUCAUCCUGUAGCAGAGCUGUGUCAGGCAAUCAGAUGCCAUCCUUUCCUGGACAAGGACAUCAUCUCAAGAUUCACCCUGAGGCAGCUCAGGAAUAUACUGUGCAGUCACCCUGAGGAGUUUCAGGUGACAGAAGCAAUUGCUAAGCAACAUGGCGAGUGGACAUACAGCAAGGCACCACAAAGCAUGACAAGCAUGUUUACCCAGUUACUGCUGGCCAAUACAGAUAAACAGAUAUAUACUGUGCUCCAACAAGCACUACAAGAUGAUACUGCAAAGGUCAACUGGCACCACACUCUAGUUCUUGUGUCUGUUUUCUGCGUUUGUUGUAAGGAAGGCUCUUCAUUAAUCUGUGGUCUGGUUUCGUCUUUACUCAGCGAGUCGUUUGAGAGCUGUCGGGUUUCUUAUCUCUAUACUGCGUUCCUAUUGGCUAGACAAGCCUCAGCUGAGAGGUCAUGUGAUUUUCCAUCGUACAACCAGUGGUUUAAGAACCAGUUUGCUACAGGGUCAAGUCCCUACCUCGUUUCAACCAAAACGGUUACUUUCUUCAUGGACUUUUUAAAUAGUCUGGUACCACAUGAGCCUGUGCAUUACUUGAAGACACAUUAUCAACAUCGCCCGUCUGUUCCUCCAAAAUGUCAAGAACUUAUCACGGACUACGUAGCUCUUGCCAGGACUCGCAUUGCAGACUUCGGGGACAUUCCUCAGGCUGGCAGUUGCGGAGGACCAAGCAUGGGGCAGACUUCUCAGACGGAGAAUCAGGAAGCAGCCGAAGAUGUUGAAAAAUCAGUAACAGCAUUUAAGAAGACUGGCCUCAUACCUCAGAAGGUCUUGCAGCUAAGAACUUUUAGACGUCCAUAUUACUUGAGGCAGUUCCUACCUACACUCUUGUCUACAAGAAUGCUACCGGAAGUACCAGACAGCAAGAUGAAUCUCAUAGAUGCGUUGAAAAGCGCUGAAAAAAUUCCUUUGCCUAUGUACCAGAGGUACACAGCUGCUUGCAAGCAGGAACUCAAUAUGCUUCUUGAAGGUGUGUCAAUUGAGGAUAUGGAGGAUAUGACCUUCGACCCCAUGGAUCGUCUGACAGAAUGUUUGGACACGUUACCACAGCAACUUACAGCAGUAGACGUAUCGGAAGCCAGUUAUUAUGCAGAAACAGCAGAGAAACUUUCCCUAAUACCAGGAAAGGUUAGCGCCGUAUUGGAGGACCUAGCACCUAGAGACAGUCAGAAUCCUAGCGUGGACUUCAUUGUGAUAGACAUCCUUGAAAUGAACUCCAUAAUGCCGAUUCUAAUGAAGGUCACAGAUCUGCUACUCGGCUGUUACUGCAAAACGUACACACUGCUGGUCUCAUCUCAACGUCCCUGUACCGCACUGACUGAACAAUUCAGCUCCUUGCUGGCAACCCAGGGGAGCCUCCAUCACCCCUUGUAUCACCGGUUGUUCACCCUCAUUUGUCACCAGGGAGAUAGUUUAUCCGGGGGCCACGUCAGAAGUCUCUCCAGUCUCCUGGUACAUAUGAGUGCCCUGGGCAAGAGGUUACCCCAUGUCAAGCUUCAGACUCAACAUGGCAAGCUUAAGGAGGGAGAGGAACCAGACCAUUUCACCCUGCUCAACCUCAUUACCAGAGAAUUGCAGCACCGCAGUGGUCCUGCAAUGGAGUUAACUUUGAGGUUCUGUACAGCGGUUUUGGAGAGCUUUCCCGGUGACCUCAAAGCAAAAAGAGAUGACAUUGUCCCCUUAUCUCUGAAGCAAAAGUUUUGUUACUUGCAGCCUCGGCUUCAUCCUGAAACUCGGACUGAGUUUAUCUCGGCGUUAGGGUCUCAAAGAGGCAGCUUGCCUACAAACAUGGCUGAAAAUGCCGGGACGUCUUCCUCAAAGUCGGAGAGCUGGAGUUCAUUUGGCUUCAAAGAUUGUGUGCCAAGAAAACAGCAGCUUGACUUGGACGAGUGGCUUAAGGUAGAGCUGAGAGUUCAUUCCUGUCAAGAUUGUCUCACUGAAUCUCAACGGAAGAAUUACCAUCACUGGGUGUUGUACCACUGCCAUCUCCCUCAACUCAUACAGUCCUCCGAAGGCCAGAAUCCCUCGAGUGCUUAUAGAACGGCCUGCGCAAAGAUCCUGAAUGCUGUACUAGACAACCACAGCGAGCCGUCCGGUAGGAGUGUACAACUGUGCCCUCAUGGGGUCAGACAUGGCCAGCCGGGGGGAGAGUCAGGAAGAAUGGGUUGUGGACUGGGCAGGGAUCUUAUACAAAUCUUACAGGAACUUCUUUUAGUCUGGUCCACAACCCUCCAGGAGGGGACAGCUCCACCAAGCGAGGAUGAAGGUUGUUCGUGGCUACUCAGAGAGUGGGAAACCAGACUAGAGAAGCUGAGUGGUCAGGGGACUGGGCUAGCGAUGGCUUUGGAAGUUUCUAACCAAAUGAUGGUGAUGCAGAGUCUGCAGCCACAUCUUCUCUUCGUGGACUGUCUCUGGCAGAUUCCAUCCCGGUCAGCGGUCAAACAUCUAACCUCCUACAUCAACACACAUCUGAAGGAACAUGUACAAGAUGGCUUCUGCUCUUUCCCAUUCGAGGUGGUUACAGUUAUUUUUCAGGGUGCAAUGCAGCUUUACACACAAGCCCAACGCAGUGGUGCAUCCGCUGGUAGGGUCGACGAAGUGGUGUCUGCAAUAGAGGACUUACUUGUCGAGUGCCCGCUGUUUACUGUCUCUUUUCUCAGUCAUUGGGAUGUACUGGGUCAUCAAACGAACCCAUUCUCGAUUCUGAAUCAGCUGAACACAAUCAUCCAUAAAGUAUGGGGUGAUGAGACACAGACGAGCUGUCCCCAAGCUGAUGAUGGCGCUCUACAUCAGGCUGCGCCAGAAACUUGGAUUUUGAUCAUCAGUUCCAUGAAGCUGCUUCAGUGUAGAGGACGCAAUGCGGAUCACCUGAGCAGCUUGCAGGAAAAUCUCAUCUGUAAACUCAAAGAAUUCUUCCUGGAGCCUGAGAUACGGCAAUGUCUGUUUGAGUAUCAUGUUGCGGAGGCUGCGUGGCUGUUAUUAUCAAAUGCUGAUGAUUCUACAGAGAUUGAAGAUUGUUUGAAGGUAGCGUCAUCGCUGCUCAGUAAAACCCCCAGCUGUCUCAAGGCAUGCACAGCAGGUGACUCUGUGUUGGAGAGAGACAUCCUACCCAGCUUAGUCACCAGGCUCUAUCCAGUCAUCUGUUUCAGAAUUCUACUGCAGAGUGAAUGUCAGUGUGUGUUGAGGCAAGCACGUACAGACCCGCAGUUACUGAUCGCCUUAUUAAACAUGUACGCAUCAUUAAUGACCCUUCACUGUCAUCAGCCAAUAACAGAUCAGCGUUUGGACUCAAGGUCAGGUGAUCAACAGAUUGUCAACUUUGAGUUUCUUCAGUCAAGUCUAGCUCUAGUUCAAGGAGUGAUACAACAGAGCUCUCGCCAGAACCUAGCAACGGUAGAUGUAGCAACCUUAGCCGAUACUGAUCCAGAACUUGCUAACAUGAUUCUACAAAGACUGUAGGCCUCAAAGACUGUAGGCCUCAAAGACUGUAGGCCUCAAAGACUGUAGGCCUCACCUUUAAAUCACCUCAAGCUUUCACAUCAACCCUUAGCUAUUGUUAUAUUGUUGUCUGGUAACGAGGUAAAGGCACUGGACACUAUUGGUAAUUACUCAACAAAAUUGUUAGCAUAAAAACUUACUUGGUAACGAGCAAUGAA